UGAGAGCGCGCUGCCGGGGCCCGGCGGAGUCCACUGAGCGGUGCCACGAUGCGGUGCCACAAGUUUUGGGGACCAUGUUCGGUGGUUGGAUAUUAUAUUUGUGCUGCCAUGCUUUUCAAAGGAUCCCUGCAGGGAGAACACCAGAGGAGGUUGUACAAGGAACUGCUGGCUAACUAUAACCGGUUGGAAAGACCUGUGGUCAAUGACUCAGCCGCCAUCCUGGUGGAGCUGGGCCUCACACUGCUGCAGAUCAUAGACGUGGAUGAGAAGAACCAAGUGCUCAUGACCAAUGCCUGGCUGCAGCUGUACUGGACAGACAUCUAUCUGAGCUGGAAUCCAGAAAACUACCCCGGUGUCCAGAACCUUCGAUUCCCUUCAGACCAGAUCUGGACCCCUGACAUCCUCCUUUACAACAGUGCGGAUGAGCGGUUCGACGCCACUUUCCACACCAACGUACUGGUGAAUGCAUCAGGUCACUGCCAGUACAUCCCCCCUGGCAUCUUGAAGAGCACCUGCUACAUUGACGUGCGUUGGUUCCCCUUCGACGUGCAAAAGUGUGACUUGAAGUUUGGCUCCUGGACGCACAACGGCUGGCUGCUGGACCUCCAGAUGCUGGAUGUGGACACGUCCACCUACAUACCCAACGGGGAGUGGGACCUUGUGGGUGUGCCAGCCAAGCGCAAUGAGCUGUACUACGACUGCUGUAAGGAGCCCUACCCUGAUGUGACAUUCACAGUCACCAUGCGCCGCAGGACGUUAUAUUAUGGCCUCAAUCUGCUCAUCCCCUGUGUGCUCAUCUCUGGUUUGGCCCUGCUCGUCUUCUUGCUACCUGCAGACUCUGGAGAAAAGAUUUCUCUGGGUAUCACUGUGCUCCUUUCGCUAACUGUCUUCAUGCUACUGGUAGCAGAGAUCAUGCCCGCCACGUCCGACUCUGUUCCUCUCAUCGCCCAGUACUUUGCCAGCACUAUGAUGAUUGUGGGAAUGUCCGUAGUGGUGACAGUUAUAGUCCUGCAGUUUCACCAUCAUGACCCUCAGGGAGGCAAGAUGCCCAAAUGGGUUCGGGUCGUUCUGUUAAACUGGUGUGCCUGGUUUCUCCGUAUGAAACAACCUGGCGAUGAGCGUAAGCGGCCUGGUUACAAGUACCGUCACUCCUCCCAGUACCACUCCAGCACCAGCUCCAUCGAGAUGGGCACUGUACCAAGCCUCAGUGUGCCACUCUCUCAGACUUCCUGCCCACCUUGCCCCACAGGCACCUCCAAUGGUUCCAUGAGCCUCUACUUCGGCAACUACCACCCCAUAGAGAGCUCACACUGCCCCCCUUCUAGCGACUCGGGGGUAGCACUAGGGGGACGUGGCCACGGUUCCCUCAGUGAUGAGGCUGAGCCACCUGGAGGAGUUGGCAGUGUCGGAGGUCUAGGGAUAGGAGUUGGGGGGAUUGGUAUCCCCCCACCAGAGAUCCAGCGUAUCUUGGAGGAGGUGUCUUACAUAGCCCAGCGGUUCCGGGACCAGGACGAGGCUGAGGCCAUCUGCAGCGAGUGGAAGUUUGCAGCAGCUGUGGUGGACCGGCUGUGCCUGGUGGCCUUCUCUCUCUUUUCCAUCAUUUGCACCUUCACCAUCCUCAUGUCAGCACCCAACUUCAUAGAGGCUGUUUCAAAGGACUUCACAUAGCUGGUUGCAGCAGCAGGGGAUAGA